AUUAAUAUGAAAGUUAUUUAAAAGCCUGAGAUAUAGCAAAUAGUAAAGCAUGUAACUGUAAUAAGGUUCAGGUGGGCAAGAGUCGAGACACAGCUGUGCCAGAAGUGACGGCUGAGGGGCGUCAUGUCGUAUUCCAACCUUUCCAUUUGGGCAUGUUUGCCCCGGACACAAAGAGGACAGCCUAUUGUGCUGGGCACUGAUCCAAAGGGAAAAAAACUUCUGUAUGUCCAUGCAAACUCCGUCAUCAUCCGUGAUAUAGAGAAUCCUUCCAUAGCCGAGGUAUAUACGGAACACUCUACCCAGGUCAAUGUGGCUCAGUUUGCUCCUUCAGGUUUCUACAUAUGCUCUGGAGAUCAACAUGGCAAAGUGCGAAUUUGGGACACAAUCAACCCAGAGCACAUCUUGAAGGCAGAAUACCAACCACUGGGAGGACCCAUCCGGGACGUCUGCUGGUCCCCAGACUCCCAGCGGAUAUGUGUUGUUGGAGAAGGCAGAGGAAAAUUUGCCCAUGUGUUUAUGAUGGAUACUGGAGCAUCGGUGAAGGGUGAUCUGUCAGGCCACACCAAGGCCAUCAACUCUGUCAGCUGGAAACCAACUCGACCAUUCCGUAUUGCUACAGGCUCUGAAGACAGCAAAGCUGCCUUCUUUGAAGGACCACCAUUCGUCUUCAAGUGCACCAAGGGUGACCAUGGGAAGUUUGUGCAGUCUGUGAGAUUUUCUCCAAAUGGUGAAAGAUUUGCUACUGGAGGAUUUGACGGGAAAAUUUUUGUAUACAAUGGUAGCAGUUCAGACUUAGAUAAAGAGCUUGGUAGUCCUGCACAUAAGGGAGGCAUUUAUGCAGUGUCAUGGAGUCCUGACAGUAAGCGUUUGCUCUCUGCCAGUGGAGACAAAACUUGCAAAGUGUGGGAUGUGGAGUCAGGAGAUUUAGUGGCUGACUUCCCAAUGGGCUCUGAGCUGGAGGAUCAACAAAUGUCUUGUCUGUGGGCCGGAAACUACCUUCUCUCCAUCUCCCUCUCAGGUUUCAUCAAUUACUUGGACUUAGACAACCCAUCCAAACCAAAAAAAAUUAUAAAGGGCCAUAACAAACCUAUCACCAGGGUAGCACUCUCUCCAGACAAGAGCACCCUUUACACUACAGGGGUGGAUGGCACAGUCACAGUGUGGGAUGUUGCUACAGGUGACAAUGAUCGUAUUGAAGGCAAGGGUCAUGGAAACCAUGUGAGUGGCCUUGUGGUGAAAGGAGAUACCAUCUUCACAGCUGGCAUUGAUGACAGUGUUAAGUACAUAGAUCCAGUUGAAAAGACCUACACUGGUAAAUCUAUUUCUCUUGGGUCACAACCCAAGAUGAUUGCUGCUGUGGAUGAUGGCAUUAUUGCAGUAACGACUCAGGAGAUUUGUGUGUUGAGAGACGAUAAGAAGGUUGGAAGCUUCCCUAUCAGCUGGGAUGGGCUGUGUGUUUCAGCUGCUGGUGAAGGGAAUGAUGAGGUGGCAGUAGGAGGAGCUGAUAAUCUUGUUCAUAUUUACGCUCUCAGUGGCAACACACUGACUGAGAAAAAGAAGCUGGAACACUUAGGAGCAGUGACAGACGUUGAAUAUUCUCCUGAUGGCCGUUACUUGGUUGCUUGUGAUGCAAACCGUAAGGUGGUGGUUUAUUCUCUUCCCACAUAUGAAAAGUUCAACAAGAUAGAGUGGGGCUUCCACAAUGCACGCAUCAACUGUGUGGCUUGGAGCCCCGACAGCCUCAUGGUUGCUAGUGGCUCCCUGGAUACAAUGAUUAUUAUCUGGAGUAUGACUCAGCCCAACAAGCACAUCAUUAUUAAAAAUUCCCAUCCUCAAGCACAAGUCACCAGUCUUGUGUGGCUUGACAACAACAGAGUGCUGUCUGGUGGCCAUGAUGGAAUAGUGAAAAUUUGGAGUGCAAAGUUUUAAAACUGAUUCCCAUCCACAGUCUCAAGUGACAGGCCUUCUGUGGUUGAACAAUGAGACACUAAUAUCUGUAGGGCAUGAUGGACUGGUGAAGACUUGGAGUGUCACCUUUUAAGAAGUCAUCCUAUUUAACCUAUUGAUUUUUUUUUUACCAAAUUGAUAUAUAAUAAAUGAAUGAUUGGCAAAUUACCUUAGGAGUGUUACAAAAUACACUGACAAAUAACUGUUGCCCAUGAAUGUAUAUGCCAUUAUAAUGGUUGAUUUGUAUCUGUUCAAUUGCUUUUGAUUAUUCCUUGCUGAAAAAAAAAAAGUAAUCACAUACAUAGCUAAGGAGUUAUUAGUGAAGUGAUGAUUUUCAGAUUCAAAGAUGAAAAUCCAAUUUAAACUUUAUUAUGCUUCCAGGAAUUACAAAAUUAUAUAAAUUUCAAGUGCACUUUCAUGUCCAUUAACCUCAAUUUUACUGUAUUUAGGAAAGAAAAGCAAAGAAACCAAAUUAAAUAGACAGUCUGUCAUUUAAGAAACAGCCAGGAAGAAAAAGGAUUCUUGUCGGUAGAGCAAUUUGUACCUAAAUACAGUACACUAACAUACCUGUUUUGAAUAUUUAAAUGUGCCAGUUCAUUUUGCUUUCUGUAAUUCACCUAAUUGCUUGCAUUUUCCUGAGACUAAUAAUGAAGUAUGUUGGUCAAAUAUUACUAACCACAGUGAUAUAUCAAGUAUAUGUAAUACACAGUAGUCAAGCAUUUGACAUCCAUGGCAGGUCUGAAAUGAUCAAAUGUGAACAGCAAUUCUAAGUUCGGCAGGGUAAACUGAUCAUGUUUAAACCAACUGGUAAUCACUUAUAAUCCUGGAAUUAAUUACUAAUUGUGUUAGAACUGCAUUUGGACCCUUAAAAAUCAUGUCCUGGCAUUCUUAACACAAGUUUAUCAUUAUCCCGAUGUAUACUUGUCUCUGUUAUGUCUUUAAGAACUGUAAAAAUGUUGAAACUUCAUCAACUAACCCUCAGAGAAAACAUACAUUGCAUAAUGAACUGGUAAAAAAAAAAUAAUAAUGAAAAAUAGAUCACAAACUUAGAUGACAGAGUAAACAUUAAAAUUAAGAGAUUGAAUAACUUCAUUCUACUCAACACCUAUAUGCUUUCAAAACUUGGAUUAUAUUGGCCUGGCUGUUUUCUUAGGAAUAUUCACCUUCUGCACAGUAGAUUAGUGUUAUAUUUCAGUAUAAUGAUACAAUAAGAACUAUUUUACAGAGGUGAUAUAGUAAAUACAUUUUUUUUGUGGAUGUGUUUUUGUUCUGAACUUUGACACUCUUAUGGCAGUUUUAGUUUGUGCAUUAUGAACAAAGUAACUGAAAUGUUUGUGAUUCUGGACAGAUUCAUGGGACAGGUAUUUACAGGUUGCAUUUAAGUACCAUAUACAUUUGAGUGUUGUGUGGCAUUUUGUUAAAAAUGUUAGACAAGGGAUUCUUGAGGUUCUUGUACUUACACUAAAUUGCUCUCAGGUUUUUAUUAGUAUUUUCUCUUUCACAACUUCACAUUUAGUCAAUGUUAUGCUGCAACAAUAAGUGCUGUUACAAUCUGGCUGCCACCAUAAAUGCCAUCAGUUUUAAAAUUUAUUUAUUCCCUUUGAAAAAUGUAGAUCUAGAGAAGAAUUUUCCACCCCAAUUAAAGCAUUCAUAAUAUGCAAAACAGUAAUUUGAAAAUGAUAUUCUAUUCUUGUACCUUUCAGUUGACUUCAAAAGGUUGCAUGAUAGUCUAAUAAUGAAUCCACAUAAAUCCCAAAGUAGAAAUAUAAUAUCUCAUCAAGCUAACUUUGAUGAGCGUCAAAAUCUCCUCUAUAUGAUAUUCUUUCUUUGCGUAAGCAAGCUUUAGUCAUUAACAUCUCGCCUAUACUUCACUCCUUGGAGGUAUCACAAAAUUAUAACUGGAUAUCCCAAGACCCUUGCCUAUGCCCAGAUUUAUAUGGUACAUCAUUGAUGAAUGAUGAAAAUGUAAAGUUAUAUUUUUCACAUACUAGACUUUUUUAUCUUAAACUCUAUGCAGAAUCAUUAGAUGUCAACCACACUGCCUAAUGGCCAAUGAUUCAUAAAAAGAAUAUUUUAUCAAAAUACCACUGCCUUUUGUAUGAAGUCUCAGCUUAGGGUCUUGGGAAGCUUAUUAAUUCUUUGCAACAUAUUUUUUUGAACAAGUGACCAUAUUUGACAUCCAUUUACUUGUUUAGACAUUUGUAACCGUUGAUAAACAUAGUAAUAUGCGUGGUUCCAUAAUUCCACAAGAUAUUGAAAAUACUGGAAAUAUUUUAUGGUAUGCCAUGACUAUAUUAUGCUUUAAAUUUUACAAUUAAUUUAUUUACUAUUAAUUUUAAGAUUUAAGUUGUUUAUUUCCUGAUUUUGGUAACUUAGUAUCAUCCAUGGAAAUGAUUAAGUCUUUGGGAAAUCUAAAUAUACUGUAAAACACAC